CCAACUUUACAGCGCUCCCUUCAGCACAGAAAUAUACCGUAAUAUAGCCUAUGCCAUAAAGUAAAACUGAAAGAACGAUUCACCAGGAUUCGAGACCACAAAACUAAGUCUGUUGUCGUUGGAAUGAAAUCGAAGAUAAAUUAGAUUAUAUCCCUUGUUUGUUUCUGUAAGAAUCCUGCCUGCAGAAAGUUUGUUCACAUGAGUAGAUCACAUCUUGAAGAAACUUGAACAGUCACAUGUCUCUUCUGUAAAAUCCCCUAAAAUUUACAAGGCAUGAAAACAUCCGAUUAUGCAGCUAAUGUCAGCACUGAGCAGUAUAGAAAAUGUUCUUUUGUACAUUAACUCACUAAACACCUCUGCAUAUUUGAGAUUUAUGUGACCAUGUUCACUUUUAGACUUACUGUUAUUAUAACUAUUAUUGCCCCUCUUAACUAUAAAGUUUGUUUAUGUGGAUGUGGCCAUGCUGAAUAUGAGGAAGACAAUCAGUGCUGUCCCAUGUGUGCACCAGGUAAUCGUGUUUAUUGGCACUGCACAGAUGAUACCAGUACAACUUGUGUUCCAUGCCUUGAGUACACUUUCAUUGAUAAACCCAGUGGCUUUACAAAAUGCCUUUCCUGCACUGUGUGUGAUACAGGCCAAGGCUUAAGAGUCAAUAAAGCAUGCACUCAGUCUUCGGAUACUGUUUGUGGACCACUGGAGGGAUUUUACUGCAUUGCCAAAAGUAAAGGCAGCUGCAAUUUUGCUGUGGAACACUCUAAAUGCAGCCCAGGACAAUACAUCAAACAAGCAGGUACUGGCUCCACAGAUACUGUGUGUGCAAACUGUACAGGUGAAAAAUAUUCAAAUGGAUCUUUCUCAUCCUGCUUACCGCACACAAAAUGUGAGGACAUGGGGCUUACUGAAAUAAUACCAGGAACAUAUUCAUCUGAUGCUGAAUGUGGAAAACCUUCUGUUGCUCCAGCAAUCAUCACUACUUGCAUCAUAGGAGCUGUAAUAUUUGCAUUAAUUGUUAUAUGUAUUUGGAAGAAGAAACAAUCUGCAAGUUCACGUAAAACAGGGAUACAGGAAUCAAAUAAGGAAUCCCAUGAAAAAGGCAGUUUAACAGAUGUUGGAGGCACAGUAAAUGAGUCAUCCCACUUGAGUUCAGAGAACCAAGUCAGACAAGAAAUGAGAGUUUCUAUUCUACUCGACAAUGAUUCCUCACACUCUCAAGAAAUUGUCCAACCUGAAAUCCAGUGGCUUAAACAAUCAGACUUUGAAAGAAACCAAACAAACACUAAAAACUAUGACACUACUGCGAUCUAGUAUUAAUCUGAAUUACACAAAUGUGUGUGCCAGACCUAAAAUAAAGUUGAUAAUAUCUACAGUGCUGUGCAAAUAUUUUAGACAGAUGUGAAAAAUAGUGAUGGUUUUAACAGAAAUAUUGCCAUGAAUAAUUUUAUUUAUCAUUAAUAAAGGUACAUUGGUAUAAAAAAAACAAAAUCUAUAUUUUGUGUGACCACAUAAAAUACCUUGAAUGCAGCACCAGUUCUUCAAGGUACACUUGUCCACAGUUUCUCAAGGUUAGGGAGAACUUAGCCACAUUUCUAUGUAUUUGAGAUCUCUCAUUGCUUCUGAAUCUUCAUGCAAUCCUAAACCGACUCAAUGAUGUUGAGAUCCGGGCAGUUCUAUUCUAUUAGCAAAAGUAAUGUUUGGAAAUCUUAAAUGAAUAUUUCCUGAACACACUUAAGCAGAAGAUAUAAAAUAACUGACAUAAGACUAAUGUUUUUGAAAAACAUCUAAUCUGCCUGAGAAAUGUUCAUCUAUGAAGAUAUAUAGCAACAUAAUAUACGACUAUGAAAUUCCCUAAAUUUGAAUAUAAUCUUUAUGUACAUCUGUAAAGCACAUUGUAAACACAAAUUAACGUUUACUUAUUUUCAUUAAGUAUUCUAUAAAGCUUUCAGUGUUAUUCACUUUGUAUUAAUAUUUUUUUAUUAUAUAAAUAUAAAGUUUGUGUUUAAUACAUUUUCACUAUCA